AUGAAUUUGUUUUGGCCAUCUGAAACACAAAAGCCAAAUGAAGCACCUGAUGGCUACUAUACAUCCGAAGACUUACCUUCAGCAAAUAAAGCUGGUCAAUUCCUUAAUCAAAACAUAUUUCAUAGCUGUCCACGAAUUUUGGAAAAGAAGUUUGGUGAGUGUCUGCAUAACAGAACACAUUUAAUCAAGGAUCUCAUUUGUUCUGGUAAUGCUGGAUUGGGUCCCAUUGAGAUAGUUCACAUGUCUUAUUCGAACAAACAUGACAAAGAAGAAUUUGGUGAAUAUUUCUAUGUUACAGGAGUUGAAGUUUCCAGUCCUUCAGUACCCGUAGAGUUCCUUAAAGCGUUAAGAUCCAAUCAACGAAUUUCCAAAAAUAUAUCGAAUGACAUCAUAUCCACUUACUGCUGUUUUAAUUUUUUCAGUAACUUGGACAUUCGUAUUAGAUAUGAUGCUGAUGGUACUUUCCAGACGAUGGCAAUUGACUGUAACAAGGAAACUACCGAUCUGACCAUGACAGACAAAAUGUGGAAAGAAACGUUUGUAAGCUCCGUCAUUAGAGCAAUUAUUACAAACACUAAUCCAGAGUUAAAACCACCCGGCUUAUUAGAAUGCCCAUUUUAUGUUGCAAAAGAUACCGUAUCUACUUGUAAGAUGAUUAUAAAAUUACUAUGCCAGUUCUUACCAAGGUCACUGGACUGCGGAUGGGACUCCACCAAAAGUAUGCAAAGUACCAUUGUCAAUAACUAUUUAAUGUAUAGUUUAAGAAGUUUUAUUGCAAUCACACCGGGACUAGUAGAUUUUACCGUGGACUAUCUAAAGGAGCUUACCAAGAAUGAUCCAAUCCACAAUUUAUAUUAUAAGAUGGCUAUGAUUAUAGUUUUAGAUCACACACAAACAAAGGAGCUGGAAAUGAUAACCGUUUUAAAUAAGACAUUAGACCCGCUUUUAUCAUUGCUAAAUGGUUUACCGUCUCGCAAUUCUGAUUCGGCACAGCUAAUGAAUUGCAUUAGUGACCUAUUGAACAUCCAAGCAAGAUUUCUGUUGAACAGAGAAGAUUACGAACUAGCAUCAGACGUCUCUAAUACUUCAACUCAACUAGCUUUGGAUUGUUUUGAAUCUUGGUACAACUUAGCUAAGUGUCACAUCAAAAAAGAGGAGUACGGUAAAGCUCUCUUUGCAAUAAAUUCUAUGCCUCACUUGCGGAAGUCAGAUAAGUUUCUGGAUACAGCGUAUAGUAAAUUUCUCGCCUCAAACUAUUAUAAAAAACCAUUGAAUGGCAGUCGCCCACAUUUUGAUUUAACUUCAACUGAAUUUACCAACCUAUGCGGAACAUUGAGAAACUGGAAAGAGGACGAACUAAAACAGCAAACUUUUGGCAGAAUUGCAAUGAUAAAUGAAACAAAAGUGGGCUAUAUAAAAGAAAUUUGGGAUGAUAUUGCAGUAAAACUGGGUCCUAUCUGUGGUCCACAAUCCGUGAAUUUGAUUAACUACGUUUCACCUCAAGAAGUAAAGAAUAUCAAGAACAUAAAUUUAAUAGCAAGGAACACGAUUGGCAAACAGUUAGGAUGGUUUAGUGGUAGAAUAUAUGAAUUAUUAAUGGAGAUUGUAAACAAGAUUGGUUGGAAUGGGCUACUAAACAUUCGAACAGAAGCUUUCAUGAUGGAAACUGAAUUUCAUCAAAAUUCUAUCAAUGUUACCGAUGAAAACGGUCACAUACCAAUGGAAACCCGGAAGAAACGGUUUUGUGAGAGUUGGCUAGAUGAUUUAUUUUUAGAUCUGUACGAAGACCUGAAAUUGAGCAAGAUUAGCUUAAAUAACAAGGAUGAAAAACAUAGCGGAUUAGAGUGGGAACUUUUGGGCUUGACCAUGCUGCGUACCUGGCAUUGGGAAGAUGCUGUAGCCUGUCUAAGAACAAGCAUUGUAGCCCGAUUCGACCCUGUCAGUUGCCAGCACCUGCUAAACGUAUACCUAAAGCCACCAGAUAACCUUCAAGAAGUUACACUACUGGACACGGAUACCACGAUAAGCUUACUAGUCAAGAAAAUAUCAUAUGAUUGUAGGUAUUAUAAUUAUUGCCAAAUUUUUAACCUGCAGCUGCUAGGAAAACUAUGCAAUGAGCUGGGUAUGCAUGUACUGCGCAAUAAGAUAGUUGUUCAACCCUCCGUAGGGGAUGAAAUUAUGAUCAUGAUUGAUACCAUGCUCGCGUGGAUAGGCGAUCUACGUCACGCAAAACAAUCUUGA